CCAGAAGUUUUACGUUGCAGACUAGUUACUGGGUUUCUAAUGUGCAUCAAGAAAAACUGUGUUUUGACAAGAAAAGAAUUGGACCUUGAGAUUAAAAGCUUAAAAACUUUGCUGAAAACUAAAAACAUUUACUGCGAUUUUCAUUUCGACCACUAUAAAUCUGAGUGUUUGUUUUCCGAAAAUGAAUGCCGAAAUACGCUUAAGAACGAAUUUGUUAACAGCCCUCAUUCAAAAUGCAGACACGACCUUACGCUGUUGGAAUGUGUUACCGAUGGUUGCCCUAUGUCGAUUACAAGGCAGUUACAAAUGUUUGAUAGAAGGGAGAAGCAUUUACGAUCUCUCGGUGUUAAAUGUGAUUUCGAUAAAAUGAAAUAUAAAUAUUUGAAAGAACCCAAGUGUUCCAAUCCCAACAUGUUUGCGUGUAAAAACAAGGCGUGCGUUCAUAAAAGUUUUAGAUGUAAUUCAGUUAACGACUGUGGCGACAACAGCGAUGAAUACGAUUGUUCUUUUUAUACUGUCCCAAGUUUUUCAUUAAAGGGCAAGAAACGCCAGUAACAAAUAAAUUUCAAAUGAGAACAAUAUGGAAAUCAAUUUGUAUUUAAUUGUAAUUAAUCAAUCAUGUUUUCUUUGUGGACAUAAAUAUAAUAAUGAUGUAUAUCAGACGCCCUUUGGUGUAUUAUCUAUGAGAUGCAAACUUUGGUUAGCUAUUAAUGAUGAACACAUUUUUUAGCCGUUUACAUCCAAAAAAGUACACAUUUAGGAUAAUUCAAAUUACUUCUUUUGACACAGCGCUUGCAGUUUUAAACUUGGCAUUUAACUUUUAAAAGCAGGAAAUAAAUACUUUAAUUUACAAGGUCCUUUCUUAACAUUAAAAUGUAUGUGUGCAUUGCACCUAACUGGCGCUGAUAGGGGACAACAGUCUUGGGUAUU